AUGUCUAGCGAAAAGAAACCCAACUUUCUAGUCAUCGUCGCAGAUGAUCUCGGAUUUAGCGAUACAUCUCCCUUCGGAGGCGAGAUAGACACACCAAAUCUUUAUAAGUUGGCCAUGGAAGGCCUGAGAAUGACCGAUUUCCAUACAGCAGCUUCCUGUUCGCCAACACGGGCAAUGCUUCUCUCAGGUACGGAUGCGCAUAUCGCAGGCCUCGGAGCUAUGGCCGAGAGAAUGAAAAGGUUCCCGGACAUCUUCAAAGACAAACCUGGGUAUGAAGGGUAUCUAAACUUCAGAGUGGCUGCAUUGCCCGAGAUUCUGCAAGAUAAUGGUUAUCUCACAAUGAUGUCUGGGAAAUGGCAUCUUGGCUUAACCAAAGAAGUAGCACCAUGUUCAAGAGGUUUUACCAAGGUCUUCACGACGUUGCCCGGUGCGGGAAACCAUUACAAUCACGAACCACAAUUGUACGGAGUAACAGAGAAACCUCGAGCCUUUCUGAAAGGUAAUAAGGGGUUAUGGAUGCGUGACGACACCUUCAUAGACGGCGAUACGGACUUGCCUAAGAACUUUUAUUCUACGAAUAGCUUCACGGAUGAGAUGCUCUCGUUUUUACAAAAUCGAACUGAGGAUGAAAAGAACCAACCUUUCUUCUCCUACCUCGCCUUCACUGCGCCGCACUGGCCCCUGCAAGCGCCACCAGAGGUCGUCAAGAAAUAUCGUGGCUGGUAUGAUGAUGGUCCAUUCGCUCUUCGGGACCGGAGACUAAAGAGCUUGAUCAUAAAUGGUCUUGUUCCGGCUGAUGUAGAACCUGCACCGAUCCAUACGCUUGGUACAGGGCCAUGGGCGAAAUUGUCAGACGAAGAGAAGAAGAAAUCGUCUCGGGCUAUGGAGAUAUACGCAGCAAUGGUGGAUUUGAUUGAUGUGAAUGUCGGAAGAGCCUACUCGUACUUGGAGUCAACUGGAGAACUCGACAAUACCUUUAUAAUCUUUAUUUCCGAUAAUGGAGCGGAGGGGAAUUUGCUUGAAGCAGUCCCCAUCCUGGCGGGAGCAACGAUGGGGGAUGUGAUCAAGAAAUUUUAUGACAAUUCCUUGCAGAAUCUUGGAAAUCAUAACUCAUUUGUUUGGUACGGACCUCAAUGGGCGUCUGCAGCAACCGCGCCAUCCAGGUGUGUCAAAUCAUAUACAACCGAGGGGGGAAUCCGUUGUCCAUGUAUUGUGCGCUACCCUCCCGCAGUCCAGUCUGCUCCUGGAACAAUAAGUCAUAAGUUCACGACUGUAAUGGACAUCCUACCCACUGUCCUCGACCUGACCGGAAUAUCAUCGCCUGGUAACACAUUCCGAGGGAGGGAGGUGGCACCCAUUCGUGGUAGGUCCUGGAUACCAUUGAUGGCCGCCAAAGACGCGGAUGUGGAUGUAUACGAUCAAGAUAAGGAUAUCGUGGGAUGGGAGCAGCUAGGCAUAGCUGCUGUGAGAGUCGGAAAUUGGAAAGCUGUUUUCCUCCCUCCUCCUCGCGGUGAAGGGAAGUGGGAAUUAUAUGAUUUGUCGAAAGACAAGGGUGAGAUUCACGAUCUGGCCGAAAGUCAUCCCGAGAAGAUGACAGAGAUGAUUGCCCAUUAUGAGACGUAUUUCCAGGAGUCUGGAAUGUUUGAUGCAUAUGAACAGUAUCAAUCUGCUUUGAGAAAGGCUGGAAUUACCAGAGCCUGGUGA